AUGAUUCGGAAUCAACGAACGUUUAUCCGGUAUAGCUAUAACUAUACUGCUAAACGCGACUACUUUAUAGCUAAAAACACCUACUUUUUAGCUAUAAAGCAGCUUUGGCUUAACUUAACUAUACCGGAGCUGGCUACCGCUUGUACGACUAAGCUUAAGGGCAAAACACCUGGACCGGAUCUAAUUACGCAAAUAAUUAUUCAACACGCCUAUUACGCUAUUCCGGAAGUCUUCUUUAGGCUCUUUUCGGCUCUAAUUGACGUUGGAUACUACCUUACUUGCUGGAAACAAGCUACUGGAGCGAUUCUCAAAAAGCCAGGAAAGCUUAAUUACACUUUACCUAAAGCGUAUAAAGUAAUAUCACUCCUCAAUUGCUUAGGCAAAGUCAGCGAACGGAUUCUAGCUCAACGAUUAGGCUAUUUAGCUGAAACAACUCAACUACUCCACCUUAGUCAAAUAGGGGGUAGGCUCAAAAAGUCAGCUAUUGACGCAGCUUUGCUCUUCAAUAACGAGGUCGAAAUAGGCCUAAAGCGGAAGCAAAAAACGUCGGCUUUGCUAUUAGACGUCAAAGGAGCCUUCGAUCACGUAGCUAAGAAUCAGCUAUUAUCGAUACUCAAGGACCUACGCCUACCUACUAGCUUAGCUAGCUGGGUACAGUCGUUCCUGAGUAAUCGCUUAUUACGCCUAGCUUUUGAUAGCCAAAUAGAGCAAUUCGCUAGCCUCAAUACUGGAAUCCCCCAAGGUUCUCCGAUAUCCCCUAUCCUGUUCCUUAUUUAUAUAAGGAGUCUCUUCACCGGUAUAGUUACAGCUCGCCCACUCUCCUACAUCGACGAUAUAGCUCUUAUAGUUACUACACCUAACUAUACGAGUAAUAUCAAGAUACUAGAGAGAGAAGCAGCUAGGCUAUUUGAUCAAGGGGCUAAAAGUGCAAUUCAAUUUGAUCUUGCAAAGACCGAACUAAUCCACUUUGGGCCGAGUAAAGCCAAGCUACGCCUACCGGAUCAAACUCGAAUAGAGCCGAAACAGCUAGUUAGGCUUUCUAAAAACCACCCAGUUAAUUUAGAAGCUAGUAAGAAUACUGAACGAGCUAGUGCCGAUUUAGCCAAUAGAUCAAUAACUAGGCAAUAUUUAGCUAAUUCGGAACCCGACGAUACUGAACCAACUUUAGCUAUACAGCUAGACCGGAUUACCAGCUCAAUUAACUGUAUAGCCCGAAAAACACCCUAUUCGGUCGAAAUCAGUCAAUUGCCCAAAGAAGAAGAAGCUGUAGCUCAUAAUACCCGAAUAUCGAUCCCGAAUACCCGGAUUACUCACGUUUACUCUGAUGCUUCCUAUAUACCUGACGGUAUAGGUGUCGGGGUCGGUAUAGUUAUACCUACCCAGUAUAGUAGUAUAGUUAAUAUCGGAGCCCAACAGCUUGUUUAUAAUAGAGAACUUGAAGGAGUUACACAGGCUAUUGAGUACGUUAGCUCAAUAGCUAUACCCCGGCAAAAAUACCGGAUCUACUCCGACAACCAAGCUGGACUAUACUGCCUGAAAACACCCAGCGAUAACCCCGGCCAAGCUUGCCAAAUCAGGGCUAUUCAGGCUACCGAAGCAGCAAUCCAAAAAGGGGCUAGUAUCGAGCUAGCUUGGGUACCAGGGCAUACUGAUAUCGAAGGAAACGAGCUUGCCGAUCGCUUAGCUAAGCGAGCUACACUUGAAGAGCCUAGCUCUAACAGUACUAGCUUCGUUUACCUAACUCAAGCUAGGCCACAGAUACCUCAAAUCGUACCUAUUUAG